UCAUGUGAUUGGCUGAUCGGCCCACUGCCGCACCUCAUCGCGCGACCCGGCGAACACCACCUUGGUCUUGCACUGCUCACACAGGUACUCCGGCUCGUCCAGCAGCUCCACCAACGGUAUCUUCUCCUCCUUCUUGCGGCCCUCGUUCUGUCUCUUGAUGCCCUCGUUCUCCUCACGCCGCCGCGCAUUCUCCGCCCGCACCUGGUGGAGGUCCCGCCGCCACUUGCUGCAGCGUUGGUCAUAGCACUGGCGACACAGUCGCAGGUGUCUGCAGGGCAUGUACAUGACCGAUGGGGGCGCGUCGAGGCAGAUGGCACACUCACGCCCAUCUCCCUCUGGCUGGGCCGCUCCCGGGGGCUGCUGCUGCUGCUGCUGCUGGGGGGAAGGCUGCUGUAGCGGCAGAGGGGCACUGGAGCUGCUGGACGAUGACGGCUGGUGCUGCUGGGCGGCAGUGGUGGUGAGCUCGGCAAGCCUGACAGACCGACGAGACCGUUGCGUUUCGUUCUUAUGUGCUGUGUUGUGGGAUGUGAGUACCUUCGCUUGAGCUCCUCAUUCUCGCGCUGCAGCUGAGCCUCGCGCGACGACCCGCCCAACCUGCACACACACCCACACACACAACGCCACAGCAAGGCAUGGGAAUCCGAUCCGUCCCAUCCGUGCGUCAAUGUCCAUGUAUGUGUGCCACCCACCUAUCAUUCACACCACCAGCAGCACCAGCACCAGCCGAGGCUCCCUCUCCACCCUCAUCAUCAUCCAAUGGCCUGACCACACACACGCAAAUCGAAUGACGUGACGAUCCGCACAUCGUCGCUUUGUGUGUUGGUGUGCCUGCCUACCCUAGUGGCUCUUGGUAUGGUGUUGCGGCUGCUGCUGCUGCGGCCGCCGGAGCUGGUGGUGCAGCACUGGGAUGGCCGUAGCUGCUGGACGAGGGACAGGCAUCAAAGGCGCACCUGACACAAUACAGAACAAACAUGGCAAUUAGAUGGCGGCUGUGCCGCGUGUGUUGAUUGAGCGUCUGUGCGCACCUCAGCCCAUGCAAUUGCGAGAAACGGGGCUCAUUCUGACUCAACGAAGCUCCAAACGACCUGAUACGAUGCACGAACAACAACCACCACCGAUGUGUGCGUGAGCUGUCCUGAUGUCGGCCUGGCUGUUCCCUACUUGGGACACUUGACGAGUGGCGGAGGACCCCGGUGACGCGACGGACAAUCCACACUCGACGAGGAGGGAAGCAAGCCGUCACUGACACAAAGAGAGACGACAACACACACCAACACCAUUCCUUGUGCCCACCAAUCUAUCCCCUUCUCUGUGCCUGUCUGCUUACGGCUGCUGUGGCCCAUGCGCUGGAUGCGGGAAUGGCCCAUCGGCACCGCUCGCCGGUCUGUGUGCAGGUGGCAGGGGCCGAGGGGGUGGGGGCGGGUGAGAGGGACUCGACGACACGAACGGUCGCCGCUUGCCCGACUGGCACAGAUCCUCAGCUGACGGCAGACGGGGAGGGGGAGGGGCCGGCCGAGACGACAGGGAUGGUGCAGCACCAGAGAGGCCCAGCCCGCUGCCUCUUCCCAACUUGCUGUCUGCUGAUGGGCCCGGCAGCCGCUCCUCGCCCGGCGUCUGGUCGGCCAUCGACACACCGCUGGGGCGAGAGAGCAGAGGGCGAUCGUGGGGCUGGUGGGAUCGAGACUUAUCGGCUGAGGGCGGCAGAUUCGUCUGUUGCUUGGCUGUGGGGGGCUGGAAGGGCGAGAAGGGGUGACAGGGCGGCCCUUUGGCGUGGGCAGCUGGGUGGGACUUGGUGGGGGCCGCCUUCUGCUUGGGGUUGAUGGCCUGCGCAUGGCUUUCGACGGUGCGUUGGGCGAAGGCCGACCCCAACAGUAGGGCGUCGAUGUCCUCAUCGUUGGAAGUUGGCUGGUCGUCAUUGGCUGCCCCAGUGCUGUCCGCCUGGUCGUCUUCGCCGCCCGGCGGGCUGCUGGUGGCGGCUGUGCUGUGCUGCCCCUUGCCCCGCUUGCCCUUACCCUUCUUGCCCUUCGCCUUAGCCGCCUCCUUCUUCUUGUUUGCCGCCUCCUCCUCCUCUCUGAUGAGGGCCUCCGCGUUGGCGUCGGCCUCCCUCUGUUGCCGCGCCAAGUCGGCCGCUGUGGGGGCCUCGUUGGCCUCUCGUGUGGCCUGCCGCCUCUUGUGCCUGUCGCGCUGCUCUUUCAUCUUUUGCAGCCGCCCCUGCGCCUCGAUGGUGGCGGGGCGCCGGUCGGGAAUGGGCAGCUCAUUGGGCGCCGCGUUGCACUCCGCCAGCACCAGCUGGCGACGGCGGCGGUCCUCCUCUGUGGCUGUGGGCAGCAGGGAAAUGUUGGCACCGGCCAACAAGAGCACGCGGAUGAUGAGGAUGAGGUCGCUGAAGCGGUCUCCCAGCCGGUCCCUCUCGGCCUGCUCCGUGUUGUUGUCUUCCAGCCGUUGGAUGUCGUCAUCGAGCUGUCGGGCAGCGACGCCAAGGGGUGUCUCGUCGCCAAAGAGCGUCCCUCUGUCGAUUCCAGCAGCGGCGAGACGGUGACACAGAGAGGCAGCCACACGGUGGGAGCCCUUCGAGGCCGCGGUGUGCAGUGGCGUGCAGCCAAGGAUGUCUGUCGCCUCGAUAUCCACCCCAUUGGCCACCAGCAGGUCUAUGUAGCUCUCGAUGAACUGCUGAGAAUAGACUGAAGGGGACUCGGCCGCCACAUGGACCAGGUUGCCGCUCAUUGGUGACAGCUCGGCUGCGAGUGUGGAGUCUCGCUGGAUGAGCUGCCGGUAGAAGGACAGCAGAGCAGCCUCGUGAGCCUCAGUCGGCUGAUCCGUCCUGAAUGUGAAGGCCAGCGCCAUAACCCGCCGCCCCCGCAGCUGGAUGCCUGGAACAGACAGACAGACAGACAGACGAACAUCAGUGUGUGUCAGGUGUCGUGAGUGCUGUGAAUGGGUGUGUACCUGGCUGGUCUAUCAGGAGGCGGAAUGCGGCCGGGUUGCACGCCCUGAUGGCCACCCUCAGAGGCGUACACGGAGCGUGCCCCGUCCCCGCACCCCCGUUGAUGUCGGCACCGCUCUCGAUGAGGGCCUGCAUGACGGCAACCUGUAAGCCGAUCGUCGGCCACAUCCGCAUCGCCACCGGGGCGGGGAUUUCGCCAUCAUGGGAUGCCCAGAUCGCUGCCACGCUGUUGUUGGUCAUGUUGUCGAUGGCCAAAGACAACAGCGGGUAGGCUGUGUAGAUGCCCGUGAGGCCGUCCGCCACCUGCAAGCCAGGCUGCACAUUGGGGUCGGCUCCCUCCUGCUGGAUCAUGUCCGUCACAUGCUGUGGGUGAGUGACGGUGCGGCGGAUGACGGCCUCUGACAAGGUCAUGCUGACACCGAGAGGAGUGACGGCUUUGAAUCUGGACACCCAGCCAGGUGGUAGAGGCGGACCUGUGUCCGACACAGCGUCCAUAGGGAAUGCGUGUUGUGUCUUGGUUUGUUCGCUCACCGCUAUCCUGUCGGUCCUGGCCCUGCCCCUGACCGCUGCGAUUCGGUGCGCUGCCCUGCUGCCCACUAAAAGCCAUACCGAGACCCCCACUAACACGGCUAACACCUCUGUAAUUUCCUGCACACACAACAUUACUUAUGACAUCGACCCAGCAAGCGUAAGCGUGCUGCUGGUGUGUGCUGGGUGGGUGCAUGUGGCCACUCACCACCGUCAACGCCCAUGUGGUUUUCUUCUGCUUGCCCGUCGCUGCUCUCCUCGUCGCUGCUCUGCUGCUCCUCGGUAGCAGCGACGUAGGCGAUGCAUUUGUGGCGACUGACACGCUGCAU